AUGGCAUAUCUUCCCCCGCCGGCGUAUAGCUCACAUCUUCGUGGACCACAGGGCAAAGUGGCCGAGCUGCGGCUCGAGCUCAACAGCGGCGGCAGGAAGGACAAGAACUUCACUACCAAGAAGAUCGCCCUCAAGAAGAUCGUUGCCAACAUGACCAUGAGCAACAAUGACAUGGUUGCCUUGUUCCCCGACAUUAUUGGGUGCAUGGGCAUUCCAAGCCUCGAAAUCAAGAAGAUGUGCUUCCUGUUCCUGGUCAACUAUGCUAGGAUGCGGUCCGAAAUCGCAGUAAAAGCGAUUCCGGUUCUAGAGCAGGAUAUGGAAGACCCGAAUCCUCUAGUUCGAGCGCUUGCACUACGAACUAUGUCUUACAUCCACGUGCGCGAGUUCGUCGAAGCCACGGUCCCAAUAGUGAAGCACCUCCUCCGCGAUUCAGAUCCCUACGUGCGCAAGACGGCAGCCUUCUGCGUGGCCAAGCUCUACGACCACGACAAGCACAUGGUAGAGGCCUCUGAUCUUAUCGCGCGGCUGAACAGCCUGCUCAAGGACGACAACCCUACCGUCGUGGCGAGUGCGCUGGCGAGCUUGAUGGACAUAUGGGAGCGCAGCGAUGCCAUCAAGCUCACCAUAGACUACGAUAAUGCGUCCAAGAUGGUGGCCAUCCUGCCCGACUGCUCCGAAUGGGGCCAGACGUAUAUACUGGAGGCGCUCAUGUCCUACGUGCCACAAGAUUCGGGUGAGGCGCUGCUGCUGGCCGAGCGCAUCGCCCCACGGCUGUCACACUCCAACUCGGCAGUUGUUCUUACCUGCAUACGCGUGAUACUAUACCUGAUGAACUACAUCGCCGAUCAGAAGCAGAUAUCCGCUCUCUGCCGAAAGCUCUCCCCCCCACUUGUCACCCUGCUCGCCAAGGGCCCAGAAGUGCAGUAUCUCGCGCUUCGAAACGCGCUGCUCAUCCUGCAGCGGCGACCCGAGGUUCUCCGCAACGACAUUCGAGUAUUCUUUUGCAAAUACAAUGAUCCCAUUUACGUCAAGGUCACAAAGCUCGAACUGAUCUUCAUGCUCGCAACCGAGAAGAAUAUUGACGAAGUCCUCACAGAGCUUCGCGAGUAUGCCACCGAGAUUGACGUGCACUUUGUUCGGAAAGCGGUUCGCGCCAUAGGCAAGCUAGCCAUUAAGAUUGAGCCGGCGGCGAGGCGGUGCAUCAACCUCUUGCUGGAGCUGGUCGCGACAAAGAUUACAUAUAUCGUCCAGGAGGCUACCGUGGUUAUUCGGAACAUCUUCCGCAAAUAUCCGAACCAGUACGAGAGCAUCAUUGGCACUCUCUGCGAGAAUCUAGACUCGCUCGACGAGCCCGAGGCCAAGGCGGCCAUGGUGUGGGUAAUCGGCCAGUAUGCUAGCCGCAUCGAGAACUCGGACGCUCUGCUCGAGGAUUUCUUGUACUCGUUUGCCGAAGAGCCCGUCGAGGUGCAGCUUGCGCUCCUGACGGCAACAGUGAAGCUGUUCAUCCAGCGCCCGACCAAGGGGCAGGAGCUGGUGCCGAAAGUGCUCAAGUGGGCCACCGAAGAGACGGACAAUCCGGAUCUACGAGACCGCGCUUACAUGUACUGGCGCUUACUCUCUACCGACAUGGAGGCUGCUAAGCGCAUCGUCAUGGGCGAGAAGCCAGCCAUCACGGCCGAGUCGGAGCGCCUCGAUCCUACCACGCUCGAGGAGAUGUGCCUCAAUGUCGGCACCCUGGCCACUGUCUACCUCAAGCCGGUGCAAACCGUGUUCCGCAAUGCCCGGCCGCGCCGCCUCCACGAAUCGCCCGCUCUCCAGCGCCAAGAGGUGCCCAACCCCAGCGGGGUUCUCUCAGACGCCAAUAAGUCUCUCAGCCAAUUUGGCAUGGGAGGGCAGCCCGCCGACUUCGAUCCCCGCACGGGCCGACCGUGGGGUCAAAACGGCGAAGGCAACCUGGCACAGGCGGUGCACGAGGCCGAUGCAUAUUUCACGUCCCAAGUGCGCGGCAUGCACGUCCAAGAGCAAGGGGACAGCUUCGGCGGCAACGGCAACGAGGGCUCGGGCUACGUCGUCAACCAGUAUGCCCCGCAAACCGUGUACCAACCUGCCCAAGGCGUAGGUAAUAACGGGGACCUACUGUUGUAG